GCCAGGCGGCUGGAGGCGGCGGCGGCGCUCACGCACCUUGCCGGAGCCGGUAACCGCCGGCGGGACGGGGCGCCGCGGGCGUGCGCCUCCGGCUCCCACGGUGGAGAUGUCUACCCAGAGGUUAGUUUCUAACAGGACGUCCCAGCAAUCUGCAUCUAAUUCUGAUUACACCUGGGAAUAUGAGUAUUAUGAGAUUGGACCAGUUUCCUUUGAAGGACUGAAGGCUCACAAAUAUUCCAUUGUGAUUGGAUUUUGGGUUGGUCUCGCGGUCUUUGUGAUUUUCAUGUUUUUUGUGCUGACUCUGCUGACCAAGACAGGAGCCCCACACCAAGACAAUGCAGAGUCUUCGGAGAAGAGAUUCAGAAUGAACAGCUUUGUGUCAGACUUUGGAAGGCCACUGGAACCAGAUAAGGUCUUUUCUCGACAGGGCAAUGAGGAAUCCAGGUCCCUCUUUCACUGCUACAUCAAUGAAGUGGACCACUUGGACAGGGCCAAAGGUGGUCUCCAGACCACAGCCCUCGACAGUGAAAUUCAACUCCAGGAAGCCAUCAGACGCAGUGGGCGGCCAGAGGAAGAGCUGAACAGGCUCAUGAAAUUUGACAUCCCCAACUUCAUCCACACGGACCAGAACUCCUCCUUUGGGGAAGAUGAUCUCCUGAUUUCAGAACGACCUAUUGUUCUAGAAAAUAAGCCAGUUGCCCAGACCUCACACAAAGACUUGGAUUGAGAGGCAUGUUUUGUAAAGUGUCUUCCUGAAGAUGUUGGGUCUGCCUUUGUAUAGCAAGAAAUCUUCAUUCACCAAGAUUGUGUGUGUUUGUGUAUGAGAUACAGAGAGAGAGACAGAGAGACAGAAAGACAGAGAGAGAAGAGAGCCCCCUCAGAAGAAUGCUGAUUAAGCUGAGUGUUUAUGCCUUUAAACACAUUUGGGGCUUUUUGGGGAACCGAGUAUUUACACUGUCUCAUCCUCCUUGUCAUUGAAAAACUUGGCCACGUAUUCAGUGUCAGCGUUCUUGAAUGGGGUUUGGCAUAUAGCAUUCCUACCUGCCACUACCACGCUCUACCUUCAGCAAGUUGCUUGGCCUCUCUGGGCUGCCACCUCUUUAACUGUAAGGUGAGGAGUCUGCGGUAGAUGAUCCAUUCCAGCUCUAAUAUUUUGUGAAUUUAUGAUUUUGUAUUCGGAUGAGGCUGGAUAUACCCAGAGCAGAAUAAACCAGGGCGCUGCCUCUUAGCUCUUGUUGUAGCAUCCCCCAGGUCUGUAACACCCACUCAACCCUUAACCGAGCCCAGCUUUUGUCAGGAGCCUGAGCAUCUACCGGGACGUCAGGAGACUCGUUUCUCAUGGUCACUGUGGCCAGCAUUUCUGUUGCUUGUGCUGAAACAGUUCUGAGACCCUCCAGCCACCCAUGCUCAAACCUGGAGACAGCCCUGCCCCUCCUCUCCUGGGAUGAGUACCAAUUCAUGGUACAUUGUAGGACAAUCCUGUCCCCAGAAAUGUAUGGAAGGUUGUCAGCUGGGUGAGGGGAGGUGCCUCCUGUGUCUCUGUGUUGGUGUAACUGUGUCUGGUCGUGCUACUGUGCCAUUGGCUAGUGAACAAGAAGGGUGCUAUUUGCCAGGCUGUCUGUUUACCUGGCAGAUGUGGAAGUGAUGGUCAUGCGGCUAGUGUGUGGGCUUUGAGCUGGGAUGGUGAAUGGGUUAUUAAUACCCCAUCAACAGAUAUUCAAGGUGGCCUGGGGCAACCCAGAGUUAAUGUCAUGAAGGAAUCAAGCCUGCACACUGUUUUGGAAACGACUUGGUUUUGCACAGUCACGUUUUAUGCAUGGCCAGCUGCUAAACUCUGG